ACAUAAAACGAUUUUCUUCGAUCCAAUGUUAUACAAUACAACAAUUUGCAAUAAUGGUGUCAAACGCGGAAAAACGUAUAUUCGAUGAUGUCCCAAAUCCGGGAAAUUCGCAAUGCAAGUCGUUGUCGAGCCAAUCAAAUUUCACAUAUAGUGUAGUGCGAAUUGUCGCUUAAGGUUUUCCCUUGGGACAUCAUAUUAUAGGUGUUUUUCCCCGUUUGAUGUCACUAUGAAAAAGAUCUCGAUAUAUUAUAUUGGUCUCAGACGAAUAUCCACGGAAAUAGGAAACAAUAAAAUGAAAAGCCUAGAUAGUAGUAGUAGAUACACUCGUAUUUGCUACCAGUGGCGAUUGCCCCCAAAUAUAGGUAACCAUUGGGUGUAAGUUGAGUGUAAAUUGCAGAGUUAUUGGAAAUUUAGAUGGUUUUGUCGAAAACUCAGAAGGCUUUAAUCCCACCGAGAGUAAUGAGAUUCUUUUGUUCAAAUGCCCUCCAUGUGCACUGAACUGGAAUCAAACAUGAUGAAAGCCACCUAUUGCCUGUAAUAUCCUAUGUUAUCACGUGGGGGACACGUGACAGGUGGACGGAUAUAGGCGGGAGAACAUGGAGACUCGAGAACAAAACUAGCUUGUAUAUUUGAUGUUCAAAGAGAAUAUUAUAUUGGCGACGAGGAUCUAUUAACACAAACAACAAAACAACCCAGCGCAAGAUCUUACUCAAGUAAGAAAGAUCAGUACACUCUUGUGUUCAUAAUCAGAAACACCAAGCCGUUUGAUAGCGAAAAACGUACGCUAGGCGUCUACACGUGACGGGAAAGCAAGCAAACAAAACGCUUUAAAACUCUCGAUUUAACGGCUAAAAACAGCCUAAAACACAACAAAACAUGGCAACAGCUCUGCCAACAUUCCCUUCCUUCGAUCCCAACGCGGACCAGGGAGCACCCGGCGUCAGAUUUAAGAAAUACAUCGCUCGUUUUCGAAAUUUGAUAGUUGCUACAGACAUCGAUGAUCCCAAACGUCAAAAGGCGCUCCUAUUACACUACAUCGGUGAAGAAGUCAAUGAUAUCUUUGAAACACUCACAGUCAGUGAACCGGCUGAAGGAGAAACAGUUCUAGACGUCACAAUCAAAGCACUAUCUGAAUACUUUACACCAAAGAAAAACCCUGUAUUCGAAGAAUAUAAAUUUCGCAACGCCAAACAAAACAACGACGAAGCUCUUAUGACGUACUAUACACGACUCAAACAACUUUCCCUCACCUGUGAAUUUCACGAUGCCGAUCGCGAAAUCAAAUCUCAGAUCAUCCAACACGGCCGCUCGCAACGACUUCGACGAAAAGCUUUAAUCGAUCCAACUAUAACCCUGGCAAAACUUCUAGAAAUGGGUAAAGCGGCGGAGCUAGCCGACUCGCAAGCAGCGAACUUAGAACGAACAGAGAACGUCAGCCAUUUCACAACCGGAAGUAGCAAAAACCACAACAAAGCACGCUUCCAAUCCCGGAGCCCCGGUACCAGGGUGAAAUGUCGUAAUUGUGGAGGCACAUACCCGCAUGAAGGCGGAAAAACUGCUUGCCCAGCAUACGGAAAGGAAUGUCGCUCCUGCGGAAAACUUAACCACUUUCAGUCCGUAUGUCUCCAAGACAGACAACGUUCAAACCCCACCAAACCACGUCAGCGACGCUACCCGCAAACAGCCGAACGACAGGACGUCCGAGCGAUGGACAACACCGCAGAAACUGACUACAGCGAUGACAGCGACGAAGUUGGCGUGUUCUGAAUCAACGUCAACAACAUGACUUCGGAUCGCAAGAAACACCCAUUAUUUGACGUCACCAUCGAGGGAACACUGCUGACCAUAAUGGCAGACUCUGGUUCCAGUAUCAACAUUCUGGAUGAGCAAGAUUACAACAAGCUCUCCCCACGACCGAGUUUGGAGCAAACACGCAUCAAAGUCUAUCCUUACCAGACCGAGACACCCCUACCCGUCCUUGGGCAAUUUACCUCCACCGUCGCAUCGGAAACAGUCAACCGUACAGAGACAUUCUAUGUUGUGAAAGGAACCAGUGGGUCAUUGCUUAGCUGGCGCACUUCUACCGACCUGCAGCUACUCAAAGUCGUAAAGCCCAUUACACAUCAAAACCUUCCCACCGUUGAACAGCUCACCAUCCAAUACCAGGACUUGUUCCAAGGACUCGGCAAGUUGAAAGAUUACCAAGUUCAGCUUCAUAUUGACGAAGGUGUACCACCAGUUGCCCAACCACACCGACGCGUGCCGUUCCAUGUGCGCAAACAACUUGAGGAACAGCUAAGUCAGGACGAAAAACUGGGUGUAAUCGAACGCGUGGAGGGCCCAACCCCCUGGGUAUCGCCCAUUGUUGUGGCACCAAAGCCCAAGUCACCCGGAAAGGUCCGUGUAUGCGUUGACAUGCGUCGUGCAAACACAGCAGUCCAGCGUGAACGCCACAUCACCCCAACGAUCAAGGAAAUCAUCGGCGAUUUGAAUGGUGCAACUGUCUUUAGCAAACUCGACCUCAACCAGGGUUACAACCAACUAGAACUAGCCCCGGAAUCCAGGUACAUUACCACCUUCAGCACCCACCUUGGGCUCAUGCGCUACAAGCGACUCAACUUUGGAAUAUCUAGUGCCGCCGAAAUCUUUCAGAACGCCAUCCGCGAGAGUCUUGACGGCAUCCCGGGCGCAAUUAACAUCAGCGACGACAUACUCGUUUUUGGCAAGACCCAGAAGGAGCAUGAUCAAGCACUCGCAGCAGUGUUUCAGCGGCUUCGAGAACGCGGGCUGACCUUGAACAAACUCAAGUGCGAGUACAGCAAAAACAGCCUUGAGUUCUUCGGGUACGUUUUUGGUGCGGAUGGCAUGGCCCCCGAUCCAAAGAAAGUCCAAGAUAUCCUAAACCUUAAAGCUCCAACGUCAGUCACAGAAGUCCGUAGCCUGCUAGGCAUGACCAACUACUGUGCACGAUUCGUCGAGGGAUAUGCCACAAUUACUGAACCUCUGCGAGCCCUUACCCACAAGAACCAUGCCUGGGAGUGGAUGGACAAGCAGGAACAUGCCCUGGCCCAGCUCCGGCAUGUGUUGGCCAAUGCACCUGUCACAGCGUACUUCAACCCUGAGAAAACAACUGAAAUCUCUGUUGAUGCAAGCCCGGUUGGGCUGGGCGCCAUCUUAGCGCAAAUCGAUCCCACAACCAAAGUCAAGCGUAUCAUUGCAUAUGCCAGCCGGUCUCUGACCACCACCGAGCAACGCUACAGCCAGACUGAGCGCGAAGCCCUCGCUGUAGUAUGGGCAUGUGAACACUUUCACCUCUACAUUUACGGCAAGCCAGUCAAUGUCUACACAGACCACAAGCCCCUCGUUGCUAUCUAUGGCAACACGAACUCGAAACCACCUGCUCGCAUCGAAAGAUGGGCACUCAGACUUCAACCAUACCAGACCACCGUGUAUUACCGAAAAGGAGAAGAAAAUCCUGCAGACUAUAUGUCUAGGCACCCUUCCAGUCACACCGAACCCUGCAGCAGACAGGAAAAAGUUGCUGAAGAGUACAUAAAUUACAUUGCCACAACUUCAACACCAACUGCACUCACCCUCAGCAUGAUUGCAGAGGCCACAGGACGUGACCCAACCCUCCGUGCCGUCAUAGACGCCGUUCAAUCAGGCAAGUGGCAUGAACUAGCCAAGCAUCCAAAGGUCGACACUGACACAUUUCACACAUACGAACGCCUCAAAGAUGAGUUAACCGUUGGAACAACAACCCAAGUAGUCAUUCGUGGAACGAAAUUAGUGAUUCCAAACAAGCUACAACGUCGCGUCGUGGACUUGGCUCACGAAGGUCACCAAGGCAUUACCAAAACCAAAUCCCUACUACGAGAGAAAGUGUGGUUCCCCGGAAUCAACAAAAUGGUCGAAGAACGAGUAAAAUCCUGUCUCGCAUGCCAAGUUGCAACCCCGGAGGCAGCACGUGAGCCGUUACAAAUGUCUACUCUGCCCGAUCAAGCGUGGGACGAGAUAAGCGUUGACUUUGCUGAACUCUCAACAGGGGACUACCUCUUGGUAGUAUCUGACGACUACUCACGCUAUCCAAUCGUUGAAGUUAUUCGUUCAGUGGCAGCCCAAGCUGUAAUUCCUAAACUCCAACACAUCUUUUCACAAUUUGGCAUUCCAGGAAUUCUGAAAUCCGAUAACGGUCCGCCGUUCAACUCCGAAGCCUUUGCAACUUUCGCCGCUAACCUGGGAUUUACCCACAGAAAGAUCACUCCCUAUUGGCCAAGAGCCAACGGCGAAGUAGAGCGGUUCAUGAGGACGGUAAAGAAGAUCGUGAAGAUUGCACUUACACAGCAGAAACCAUGGCGAGAAGAACUAACCAACUUCCUUCGGAACUUCAGAGCUACACCACACAGCUCAACUGGAAAGGCCCCAGCAACAGCCUUCUUCAAUCGCCAACUCCGAACGAAGCUACCCGAUGUACACACCAAUGCACGGGACCCAGCCGAGAUCCAAGAGACGGACCAGAAAGCCAAAAGAAAGAUGAAGAAAUAUGCUGACUCGAAAGCAUAUGUCAAGCCAUCAAGAGUACGACCUGGCGAUACCGUGGUCCUAAAGCGUGAUCCCUCACAUCGAAAGUCCGAAACCCCGUAUGAACCAAAGCCAUACAAAGUAAUCAGCUGCAAAGGCUCGAUGGUAACCGCCACGCGAGGAGAAAAGACAGUGACCAGAAACUCAUCGUUCUUCAAGCUCGUCAGACAACAAGAUGAACCAACGGAAGGCGACUCAACCGAUGGAGAACAUGAUAACCUCGAAGACACGGACGGUGAACCAGACAACACUGCACAGGCUGAGGAACAGCAACAAGAACCUCACCGUUAUCCUCAACGCGUUCGAGCGCCACCAAGACAUCUAGCAGACUAUGCAUAG